AUGCAGUCUCUCCGCCCCUCCCCCUCUCCUGCUCAUGUUGUGUCUCCGGUUCCUGAGCUCCCGGAGCGGCCCGGACCCCCCCCACCCAGCCCCCUUAAGGGGGACCCCGGGGCUCCCCGCCGCCCCCACCCCCCGGACAGUGACCCAGACAACCGGGAUCCCGAGGGAGAGAGCGCCCCCCCUGACCCAGACAUCGAGAGCUGGGACCAGGAGCCCCCCAACCCCGGUACAGACCCCCCCAGUCCGGGCACCGACCCCCCCAGCUGGCACCGGCCCCCCCCAGGCAAAGACACAGACCCCCCCGGAGCAGACAGAGACCCCCCCGGCCGGCGGAUGGAAGAGACAGGGGGGAACGCGGUGAUCAUCAGGAUCGGCAUCCCGGACCUGCAGCAGACGAAGUGCCUCCGUUUAAACCCUGAUGCUCCAGUGUGGGUAGCUAAACAACGAAUCCUCUGCACGUUGAACCACAGUCUGAAGGACGUGCUAAAUUAUGGGCUCUUCCAGCCGGCAUUUAAUGGGAGAGCUGGAAAAUUUCUUGAUGAGGAGAGGCUGUUGCGGGAAUAUCCACCAUCUGUGGCUACACCUGUCCCCUACCUGGAGUUUCGCUACAAGAGGCGCGUGUACACCCAGGCACUGCUAGAUGACAAGCAGUUUGCCAAGCUUCACACUAAGGGUAAUCUGAAAAAGUUCAUGGAUUACAUUCAGAUGCAGAAUAUUGAGAAGGUUACCAGACUCCUGGAGAGAGGCCUGGACCCCAACUACCAGGACCCAGACACAGGAGGUAAGAGAUCCUGGGGUCCACACAGGUAUAACAUGAACAUGUCAAGUAGGUGUCACUAA